AUGAACACUUAAGCGGGGGCGAAAGCCGCGUUUGUUACAAAUUACCAAUUACGGAAUACGAAUAAGCUAAGAUAGAGCACCUCAGCUAACCAGAAUCCUACUUUACUCUGUAUAUUUAUGGUUUCGGGAGCUUGCAUGAGCAAAGUUAAGGCACUGUCUGGAAAGACUGAUGCACAUUGAAGACAAGUCAAGUCGAAGAAUACUUCCAUCAGCUUACCUGACACCUAGAUCUUAGGUGAUACUACAUCUCUCCGCGGCGCAGGUGCUAGACGUGCAGGCCAAACCAGGCCAGGUCAAGGCCAACAACAUAAAAACCAACGCCCAGCCUCGCUUCAGCUCCGAGCACGCACACGUCGGGUGUGUAAGUAAUCCCAGACGCACACUCACGAAGGGUGGGCGGGAGUAAGACCAACCUGCCUAGGAAACAGAGCCAAAAUGAUGAGAGACGACACGAGCAUCGACAUCAGCACGUCCCUUGAGGCGGGGGACGAGCAGGCCAAGACGAGGGAAGAGGCGGGCGGCUUUCUGCGGUCGCUGCUCAACAAGAACCUGCGCGUGACGACGACCGACUCGCGCAUGUUCAUGGGCAGCUUCAAAUGCACUGACACGGAAAGCAACAUCGUCCUGCAGGACACAUACGAGUACCGGCAGCCGUCGCUGCAGGCGCUGCAGAAGCAGGUCGAGGAGGCGGUGGGCGCCGCCGCCGCCGCGACGAUCAAGGCGGACAUGACGUCUCGCUUCCUGGGCUUGGUGGUGGUGCCGGGGAACCACAUUGUCAAGAUGGAGCUGGACGAAUUUGUGAGCCAGAUGAGGAAAUGAAUAAAAUAAGCCUCUACAGAGUGAAUGAAUGGCCUUGGUAUCUAUUUAUCGGUGCCGCUGUUUCGUAAUAGCUCUGUCUUAUCUUCCCCUACUGCCUCUAUUGGGUGAGAGGGCGCGUUAUUAGGCCGCGGAAGUGCCAGACAUUGAAUACAUGUAUCUAUAAACUCUGCGGACAGCUUCCAACUAGGCACCUACCUUAGGUACUGAGAUUGAUUGAGCUCUAAAUAUUAUGGUUUUGUGGGAGUGCCAACGGAUCCCAGGCGACAAGGCUAUGAGCGUAUAUCUGACUCGUGACUCU